AGUUCACAGAAUGAAAAUCAAAUGACAAGACAAUACCUACUAAUGUCAAAACAAAAUAAGAUGAUUUCAUGAUUAAAUUUUCUGAAUUGAAGUUACCUAUUUAUAAGAUUGUGGCUUAUUGUAAUACUUAUUUCUAAUUUGUAUUAUCUGAACACAAUUGUAUAAGUCAAUAGUACAUAAAACACAAUCAGUAAAGAUGGAAUCUGGAAGGAGUAGUCAUGCAGGAGGUAGAGUAAGUGGGGCGGGAAUGACAGGUGAUAGUAAAAAAGAUGAUAUUGUGGCUGGUGUGCUCCCAGGCAACCAUCGGUUUCUUGAGCCUACCAAGGCAAUUAAAACCAUUACAGAUAUGGCUAUAUGGGAGAAAUCAGAAGCUUACAUUGAAUAUACAGGGUUCAUUGCUACCAUGAAUGAAGCAAUAAAGGGUAAACCAUUAUCAGUAGACUGUAAAAUUUCUGAAAAUCUCAAAAACCUAAUAAACAUGCUUGACAAGAUUGAAAAGCUUAUUGAUGCUUUCCCUCCUAUAGAACAACCACAAAGGUUUGGUAAUGUGGCAUUCCGAGAUUGGAUGGACAAGGUCAGGUCUAACAGCACCCAGCUGAUGCAGGAAGCUAUGCCACCAAGUCUACAUUUAGCUAUACCGGAACUAAAAGUUUACCUGGAGGAGAGCUUUGGUAAUUCUACAAGGAUAGAUUAUGGAACUGGGCAUGAAAUGGCAUUUGUAAUGUUUCUCUGUUGCUUAUUUAAAGUUACAUUUCUGCAGACAGAAGAUAGUGUGCCAACUGUAUUCUUGGUAUUCAAUAAAUAUCUUCACAUAGCUAGAAAGUUGCAGCAAACUUAUAGAAUGGAGCCAGCUGGUAGCCAUGGAGUAUGGAGCUUGGAUGAUUAUCAAUUUGUCCCUUUUAUUUGGGGAAGUUCUCAGUUGAUAGACCAGCCUAAGAUCUACCCACCUGGUAAGUUCCUGGAAGAUGAUAUCAUUGAGAAAUAUUCAGAUGAGUAUAUGUUUAUCUCAUGUAUUAAAUAUAUAAAAGAGGUGAAGAAAGGUCCAUUUGCUGAGCACUCUAAUCAAUUGUGGAGUAUCAGUGCUGUAGGGUCUUGGACAAAAAUAAACCAAGGACUCAUUAAAAUGUAUAAGAAGGAAGUUUUAUCAAAGUUCCCUGUAGUACAACAUGUGUUAUUUGGCUCUCUCCUGCCCAUACGUAGAUUCCCUAUCAGUCACUAAUAAGAACACUGCUUGCUGUAGGCAAAUACAGUCAAGCUACAAAAAUCCAAUACUGGAUUUUUGGGGCUUUUAGUAUGUAGUACAUAAUUGAAGAAUGUAUUUGAUUUUUGUUUUCUAAUGAAAUACUUAUCAUUUCUAUUCUGUUUCACUUAUUACAUUAUUACUUAUUAUCUUAUAUCAAUAAUGUCUUUAUUUAUUAAGUCCAUUAACCGAGUAAUGGUAUCAGUAUUACAAGUCGUGUAGUUGACUUUAUUUAAGAUUUUAUUUGAAAACUACAAAAUUGUGAUAUUAUUAAACAUAGUCAUUAGACAUUUUCAUGAUAAAGUUUUACUGAUCAUUUGUGAUGACUUUUCGUGUAAAUAUUAAUAUAUAUAUAUAUAUAAAUAUAUAUAUAUAUAAAUAUUUGUUUCGUUAGCUACCUAUUUUCGAUAAUAUUGUCUUGUCAGAUGCAAUAAUGUGUAUAAUUAUGUGUAGAAUUUUAAUAAUUUAAAUAAAAUACAAAG